AUGCCGUUUGUCGAUCAGAGAACUGCUUGGAGGGCCAUGCUGGGGACCAAAAUUGGAUUUCUCGAAAAGGUGGCCGCCAGAAGUGUCUGUCGCGGAAGAUCUCGUUUAGCGUUGGGAUGGGCUGCUUUGGGAAGGAGGCAUGUGUCGAGCGAGAUUCAACAGAAGGAUGAGCAGGCCGGUGAGUCAACAACCGCUACGGAUACCGGUAUCAUUCAUAAGACGGAACAGGAAACAUUACUUUAUUUCGAUAACGUGUACCCAAGGGCAACUUCGUUGUGGAGUCCUGCUCAAUGGUAUAAUCUGUUGUUGACAAAUCAAUCCAGGGAGGCAGUGAGAGAGAAGAUUAGGAACUUUGCCAGUCCGCCAGAUAACCCGAUCCAUGGUCUUGAGCUAAGGUCAAGUAUUCCAGUGAAAAGAGACGGUGGUGUUUUUGCGACUUUUCUGGUGCCUCCCCAGUACAGCAAGGCGCAGGUCAACACCCUGAUUCAACAGAAUACCUUAAAGGAAUCCUCGAAAUCUUUUCUAUCUUAUUUUACCAGAGCUGCAGUGUUUCCGGUUAAGGGUUCUCCUUGGAUCGAGGACCUGCGGAGAUUGCCGAAUACUACGAUCUUGGUGAAGUUUCAAGGUCCAGCCUUGACAGAAGAGGAGAUUUACUCGUUGUUCAGAAGGUACGGCACCAUUUCUGACAUCUAUCCACCUACUGGGUCAGAUAACACGGCGAGAGUGAAAUACAGAUCUUUCAGGGGAGCAAUAUGUGCAAAAAACUGUGUUUCCGGUAUCGAAAUUCACAACACAGUUUUGCACAUACAGUAUGAGAGAAUUGCACAGGGACAUUUGAUUAGCAAUUUUUUUGUCAAUCAUACCAGAAUUGCUAUUCCUGUGAUGAUCGCUUUACUUUCCAUCAUUGCCGUUCUUAUCUUCGAGCCUAUCAGAGAAUUUUCGAUUGAACAGAAGAUCACUCAUAGAUAUUCCAUUUCUUGGGACAAUCACUGGCUUAAACAGAUCAGAAAACUAACAUCAUCCACUGUAUCUCAAUUUAGAAACUACUGGGGAUCAGAAGAUACUUCCCAAUCUCAAAAACACUUAUGGGAAGAGCGCAUCGAAAAGGUCAAUGACCUGAAGAUGUGGCUGGAAGAGAAUAACAACACUUUUGUUGUGAUAAGAGGCCCCAGAGGAUCGGGUAAACAUGAACUUGUCAUGCAGCAUACUUUGCAUAAUCGAGACAAUGUGUUAUAUCUCGACUGUGACAAAUUUAUUAAGUCGAGAACUGAUGCGAAAUUUUUGAGGAAUGCAGCCAGCCAACUAGGUUAUUUCCCCAUCUUCCCUUGGUUCAACUCCGUGACAAACGUCAUAGACUUAAUGGUACAAGGUUUGACAGGCCAGAAAAGUGGUUUGUCUGAGACAAAGGAGGCACAGUUUAGAAAUAUGCUGACGACAGCCAUGAUGUCUAUUAGGCACAUUGCCUUGAGAGGCUAUAGAACUACGCUGAAGAGUGGUGACGAGACUAUAACUGUUAAGGAGGAAGACUAUCUACAACAGCACCCCGAGGAGAAGCCUGUUAUCGUCAUUGACAGAUUUAGUGGGAAAUCAGAAAUAAAUGGCUUUAUAUACAAGGAACUGUCAGAUUGGGCUGCAAUGCUUAUUCAGAUGAAUAUCGCUCAUGUUAUAUUCUUAACGGAAACUGUUGCCCCCAACCAGCUGCUUUCUGAGUCUUUGCCUACGCAGGUUUUCAAAACUCUUAUUUUAUCGGAUGCUUCGAAAGAAAAUGCCAAGAAGUACGUCCUAGCUCAACUGCAUGACCUGCAUUCGCCAUCGACUAUGAUAGUGGCCGACCCUGAGGACGAAAAUGACCCGAGGAAACCUCUCGUGGACGAAAAGGUAACUCAAGAGAUAGACGACGUUCUUGAUCCGCUGGGUGGCAGAAUGCUUGACCUUCAAGCGUUUGUAAGAAGAGUGAAAUCUGGAGAACAACCCAAAGAAGCCCUGGAUAAGAUGGUUGAGCAAUCAUCAGAGCAGAUCACUCAGAUUUUUUUAAGUGACAAAGUAGAUUCUGUCAAGAGUGCGCAGGCCUGGGAGCUGAUAGAGUUAUUAAGCGAGCAUUCCAACGUGUUGUUUGAACAGAUAGUCUUUAGGCCGCUCUUUAAGGCUGCGCCCGAGAUUGCCAUAACCGAAUUGGAAAACAAUGGCCUGAUCACCGUAUCAAGAGAACGCGGUGUUUUGAAAGAAAUACAACCGGCCAAACCCCUUUUCAGGGCAGCCUUCCAAUACUUGGUCCACGACUCUGACCUCUCGACAAUCUUGAAAACCCGCUAUCUACUAAAAGUGGUUGGAUUCGAAACCGGAAGGAUAAAGAAAUGGGAAGAGGAACUUCGUCCCCUUGGUAAAUCCGGCGACCCCAAGUUGUUCAAGAGUCGGCUGGCGUAUCUUUCGAAGAAGAUCGAGGCGAGCAGCGCUGCCAUAGACGAAUGCGAGGAACAAAUCAAGGAACUAUCACAGAAAAGGAGCUAA